AUGGGUGAAUUUUUAGCAAAUAAAAUAUCAAAUAUUGUUGAAAGACUUGGUUCAGAUAAGUUUGCAACUGUAGUAAUAGAUGCAGCUUCAAAUUGUAACUUGGCACAUCAAAAAAUACAAACAAUUACUGAUGAUCUAUUAGAAAUAUUACUUUCUGAACAUAGUAAGGCAAUUACAAAUCAAGAAGUAGCUAAUUUAAUAGCUAAUGAAGAAUUUUUUUGA